AUGGAAAAGGCCCGCAAAAAGCUCGCCUCCGCCAUCGAUGGCAUCAAGAAUUUACAUAUCAGGACAGAUUAUGAUGUGGAGGAGGCAUUAUCCUCCGAAAAUUUUUGUCUAUCAGAGGUGAGUUCCGCGUUGAAAGCGACGGUUCUGAGUUUAGAUCGUCAGACAUGGGUUUCCUGAUGACCCCAGAUGCUUGGAUUAUGAUCCUGUGCAGCGUUUGGUCGCCAUUGGUGCUGGGCAUGGUUGUGUGAGGUUGCUUGGACAACCUGGGGUCGACUAUUGCCUCAAGCACGACUCAGACGAGCCAGUCCUGCAUGUACAAUUUCUUGUAAAUGAAGUAAGUUUUAAGAACUUUUGAACAGUAACUUUGUUCAUAGGGAGGACUUAUAACGGCGUUGAGAGAUGACACAAUCCAUCUCUGGAAUUACCGUCAGAAGAAGCCGGAGAUUGUUCAUUCGUUGAGGAUGACCAAGGAACGGGUUACAUGUGUCUACCUGUCAUUCCAAAGCAAAUGGCUUCAUGUCGGCACCGAUAAAGGCAAUGUUUACUUCCUAUGUUUGGCCAACUUCGAGCUUUCUUCUUAUGUGAUCAUGUGGAAUAAGGCCAUCGAUUUGUAAGUACAGAAUAUAUUGUCUUUUUAUAAUUUCUAGGAGUUGUCGAAUACAUCCGGGAGCUGUGAAGGACCUCGGUAUAUGCCCAAAUGACCAGUCUAGGCUUCUAAUUUUGUUUGAGAAAGGCCAGAUUGUUCUGUGGAAUAUUGUGACACGAGAAAGUGAGAGAUUUGCGGCCGAUGGGUCCCCUGUGAAGUGUAUAUCCUGGAAUUCGGAUGGUAAACAAUUCAUGUGUGGGCACAAAGACGGCUCUUUAACUGUCUGGAACAUCAGGAAACCGAGAGAAGUCCAACAGAAGAGUAUCCCCCAUGCAGCCGGGGACAAUGUGACCUGCAGGCCCAUCACACAUCUUCACUGGGCGGUUAAUGCUGAAGGGGAACAAAUGAUUAUCUUUGCUGGAGGGAUGCCCACUGAUGAGGGCGUUUUGCCAGCCAUGACAAUCCUCAGAUCGAAGGGCUCUAUUACCGUCCUCGAAAUGGAUCAUCCAAUCAUCCAGUUGUUCCCCUUGAUGGCGUCUCCAUUCAAUUCGUCUCCCCAACAUCCUUUUGGUACCGCUGCUUUACUUAAGAACGAUUUUCUGAUCGUGGAUAUGAGCGGGAACGCCGGUGGAUAUCCUUGUUUCGAGAGUCCAUAUUCGACCGACAUACACGAGAGUCCUGUCACUUUGUUGAAGUAUGUCUCGGAUUGUCCGUUGGAUUUAACAGCAGCUCUGACCUUGGUUGGAAGGCAUCAGAGAAAGCAAGGAGCCCGAUUAAGUGAUAAGGUAAGGUUUUUGAUGAAAUUUGGCGCAAAUUUUUCUUAACAUAAGACAUAUGCGAGACUCCUAGCUCACUCUUUGCAGAAACGGCCGAGAUUUUUAGGCUGAAUUUUUUUUAAAAAUGUGACACUAUUUUGGCGAAUUUUGCCUAUUUAUAUCGCAGGGAGUAAAAUUAUUUUCCCCAAAAAAAGCAGUUUUUCGCUCGAAACUGGCAAAGAUACGGCCAAAACAUGUUUUUCUCUGACACCGCUCUCCGCGUACUCACUCGGCUGUUGAAUAUUUGCCCAUGCAAAGCGCGAGCUAAGAUCUCCAGGGAUUGAUGUGGCCUCUGGCUGAAGUGUGCGAAAAAUUUUGAAGAAAUCUUAAUCGCACUUGGGGUAUACCCCUUGUUAGUUGUGCAUGAUUCGUUUUUUUUCAGCCAUGGCCAAUAAACGGAGGUGUCGGGAGAGAUUGUGCGACGGGUCACGAGGAAAUUGUGAUAACGGGUCAUGAAGACGGAUCGCUCAAGUUUUGGCAAGCCAGUGGAGAGCAUUUACAGAUCUUGUAUAAACUGAAGACUGGCCGCCAUUUCGAGAAGGCAACGGCCGAAGCCCGCCAUGUCAGUUUUUCAGUUCAGAAAAUAGAAUUGUGUGUCCAAUCGAGGCUAUUACUGGUUGCUUCAAGUAGUGGCCAAGUAUCAUUAUUUAGAUUCGUGAAGACCGAGAACGCCCAAGAAAUCUCGGUAAGUAAAAAUAUACAGGUAAAAGUACCAUUCCUGUAGGUAUUAACAUUGCCUCGGUUAUCAUCAGCUGUCCCUUCUGCUAGUCCUAGCCCCAAUACCGGGAGUAACGAGGGUUCAACUGAAAACACGACACGCAUCGAGCUGAAGAGACAAAGUGAGCAUAUUCCGGAGUCAUCAGACUCCCUGGGAAGUGUCGAAACCUCCGCGGCCAGUGUUUCUUUGGAUCAAAUACCCGUCAAGGUGCGAAGUGGAAUCUUCAGAAGGCCUGCAGGAUAUCAAGUAAUCAAUUUGUGUCCUUUUCUCUUAUUUUGUAUGCAUUGCAGCCAGAAUUGGUUUGUCAAAUUCCAUGGAACAAUUCGCAGUCUCCAGAGAAAGUAACGGCAAUUACUCUCAAUUCUCAAUAUGCACUGGUUGCAAUUGCCACUGGCUCUGGUCUUGCUCUGGUUGAUAUUGUGACGCUCAGUCUGGUGUAUUCCUGGAGCAACGCCGAGUUGUACAACAAGGAUCUCUCCUUGUUUGGAGACGUUUCGCCGUCCGAGGUUAGUUUUUAUUUGCUUGGAAGGAUGACGUAGAUAGCGUCAGAAUUUUGGGAAUCAUAACUAGCUAUGCAUAACAAUAAUAUCACUGCACAUUUAACAGCCUGAGGUGAUAAUUUUCGAAAGAUAUUAGAACUGCUUUCCCUAUUAUAACAUAACACUUAUCGUAAUCCCAUGACAUUUCAGUUGCUUUCACGCAAACGUAGACAGUUGAAAGUGAGUGCGUUAGUUGACGGUUCUAAUUAAUUAAGGAUUGCUUGUGGUGCGUAUAUAAGUUUUACAUUUCUUUUGUUCACAGAGUGCCGUGAUUAAUUUGCCGUCUGAAAAUGUUGUGAAGUCGAAUGAAAAGAAAGGUCGGGCCUCGACCCUUUCUCGUCAUACCACCUUCGACAUGGACUUUCGGAGAAAAAAAUUGUCCUGGGGAAGCCUUAGUUCGAAGGGCGACUGUAUUCUGGAACAGGAGCUCUGCAGUUCUCCCACUUCUACUUGUACUCUGUCGCCGGGGUCUUCGAUUGGUUCGCUAAUGGCAAAAGAACCUUCCAUUGAUCUGACAGAAGAGCCCUUGGCAGAGAUGGAGAGAAAACUGAAGAAGAAGCCAAGUCUGGUCAGAAGAUUGACCAAGAAGAUGGCUCGCAGUUUAUCCAUCGGCUACACAGCAGAUCGUCAACUCGCCUAUUCCAAAUCAUUCGACAUCCAGUCGGAACAAAGUCUGCACUCUUUAUGUUUCUAACGCUGUCAUGUCCGCACUGUCCGCUUUUCUUCACCAGUCCGCUUGAUCAAUGGUUCCACUGUAUUUUCUUUAACUCUAAUCCUCGGUUAACCCUUUGCUUUAUUCAGGCGGUCCAUUCGACUCAAACCCCGCCCCAAUUUUCGGGCAAUCAGAAGUCGUUCAUGAGAUUGAACACCGAGUUCAAGCAGCGAUCUUCGGACAGAUCCCGGCCCGUAUUAUCCAAGGCGCAAUCAGUUGCCGUAUCUACUCACGAUGCCUAUCUGGAUGCGCCUUGUAACGGUAAUUAACAUCCUUUGUCGCUCUAAUCCUAUCCCCUUUAAUUUCUGACCACUUCCUUUAUUUUGCUUCUGCAUUCAGGUGAACAAUCGGGGAGAAAUGGAAGUUUAUUAUCCCACACCCCAUCGUGUUCGUCGUUAGAGAAGUCAGAUAUGACUAGUGAUUACAUUACAAAUCUCUGUUUUAUGAGUUCACCGGCCAAAAAAGGACGUAAGUCUGUUUAAGGUUACGUAAAUGUAAUCUGUUGCAGAAAGCAGUGAAGAGCCGUGCCUAUGGCUGGGGAUGUCCAGCGGUGUGACUGUCGCCUUCAAUCUUAUCCUUCCCGCUAAUCGAUUAACCCAGUCAGUGGUGGUGGCCCCUUGUAAUGGGGUCAUAAAGCUGCAAGAACAAAUAAUCGAUAUAGUUUUUAUGGACAAAAACUUUUCUCUUGUUAGCGCGGCUGCAGAAUGUUACCGAGAUCCGGGGAAGGAUUCGGCUCCGAAUUCAGCAAAUAGAGAUAAAAUAUAUCAGAACCGAAUCCGAACGAAGCCGAGCAUGACUCCGACCUUCGCCCAAACCUCAGAAUCCAAUGGAGCCCCACUUUCGGAGGAGUUCCAGCAAUUGGGGGUCUUCGUUUCCGAGCAAGACAUCAAAGCCAUCGCUCUUCCUGGCUACAGUCAGAUGUUCCACCAUCGGGCUGACAUUCCCCUGGUUAAAGUAAGGCUUGCAGUUAGAAUAAAGUUAGUAAUGUUACCGAUUUUCUUUCUGCUCGGUUGUCAUGUCUCUGUUACAGUCGACGUCCACACAUAUCCGAGGCUAUCCAGCCCUGCUGUGUCUCAGUGCGUCGGGCCAUCUUAUCGUAUUCAGUCUCCCUUCUUUACGAAUGCUAUUCACCGCCCAAAUAUUCCGACGAUCAGUCGAAAUUGAAGAUCCGUAAGUUUUUUAUUCCUGCAACCGUGUCUCCAAAAGAUGGGCUGUUUAUCUUGUUCUUGUCCCCAAUUAUUAUCGAAUAUCUUCAGCAUCUGCGGCAAAACCGACUUCUCCGAACAUGGCUUGGUUAUGUACAUGGCGACCCCCUCAGAAGUCAGUUAUCCCCCUAUCUUGUUAACGAACUUGCUGGCUAUUUCAGAUGCAAAAACUUACGGUUUGUGCGGAAACAAGAGGGCACGUGGAGGACAGUGCGGGAGAAUUGUUUGUUCCUUGUGAUAUGCCAGAACCGCCAAAAAGUUCCUUUUUCAAAGGAGUAUCCACAUUAUUCUCUGGUGGACAAAAGGAGGUCGUCGACUUGGAUGCGAUCUGUAUGAAAAAUAGUAUAUGUAAUUAUUGCAAUCAAUGAUUUCAGUCGCGGAGAAACCGAAUAAUACUACAACAACGAGUGUGAAAGCUGUCGCCAAGCAGAUCCCGAGUACGUCGUCUCAAGUAAAUAUGGAAAACGCUCAACGACAAGGAUUGACUGCCGGCCAGGCAGCCACUUUGGCCAUUCAGGUAACCCUUUUUUAACGAAAUAAUGUUUUCACAUUCUUUUUGGUUAAAUGUCAAUAUUGAUUUUUCAAUUUUUUUUUUAGAAUUUGAACGAACGCGGUGACAAGCUGAAUGCAACUAUCGAUGCGACCGAACAGUUGCGCAACAACGCUAUGAGUUUACAGUCAAGAUCAUCGAAAUUGGUAGAGAAGUACGAGAAAAAAAAGUGGUAUCAGCUAUAAAAGACUCAAACAGUGCCAAAUCAUAUUACGCAAUAAGUCAGUUGGGGUAUUCACUUGGCAUAAUUCCUUGUUUCUGAUUGCUACAGUUGUAUUCUUGUCUCCUUCAUAUUCGUUACGAUAUUUUAGGUAAAAUCAAUUCUCGUGAAAUAUGUAAAAUGAGAUUUUUUUCGUAAUGGGUAAGGAGGAGACUUGAUCUGCAGCUUCAUUGUAAAUAGAUAUAUAUUCCCUGUAUGUUUUCUUCCUUGACAAACUUCUAUUUUGGGUAAAUCUUGUCAUUCCAUUUGCUUCGGAGAUAAACCUGGUGAGAUUAAUAAAUCAUUUAUUCCGAAAACUGAUUCCCCCUCGGAUUGGUGGGCCAAACCGAUGACAUCUGAACCAUGGAUUACUCCCAAUUACUCACUGAAUAUGAGACUGCCUCAGGAAAUGAUCCCAUAUAACUUUUUUACUUACAGUAUUUCACUCUCUGGGAAGGUAGGGUUACGGUAACGGUAUUCGAUGAACAAUCUUUAAGAGAAUAUACAUUAUUGGAGCCACCAACGAACUCUCCAUCACUAACGACCUUAGGGCAAUAAGGAAACUGGCUUUGUUGGAGUUAGACUUAGAGACGAAAAAGGUAAAGAUUGCAAUUAUCCUUAUGAAGUUAUAGAUCAAGAAUUACAAGCUGGAACUGGGUGAGUUUGCUGAUGAAGUCCUGGAGUUUUAUUUCGUUGCGAAAGACUUGGCGGUCAUGCUAACAUACGACCAUCGAAAGGCUGAACUUGUCCAGUAUCGAAUGCAGAUCGACAAGAUCAAGCUGGAAGUGUGCUGUGACUGCAUUAGGCAUGUCAAGUUCGAGGGACCCAUGGGAAUUCGUGUUGGAGUUGGGGCUGUUUCUCAUGGAUACGUUCUCAUUAUUGGGAAAACAUCAAGAGAAUUGGGGGAAGUCUGCAAGAUCAAAAUGAUCGCAUCGGAUCCCAAAUAUCAGGAUCAGUUUCAAGAUUUUGAUUUGGACAGACCAGUAAGUAUAUGCACAAGACAUUUAGAUUGUAAUUCCAAUUUUUUAUUCCUGGGUUUUUCCCAGGAAAUGCAAAAAAGAAACGUUGUAGCCUCAAAAAAGCUAGCUAAAAAGUUGGAAUGGGUGUCAAAAUGUUGCAAAUGACAGCCAAAUUACUAAAAUGGCUAGUAAAAACCUGGAUCCAACCCUUUGAGCCUUCAAACCAAUUACGAUACUUUGGCUAGCCAUUAAAAAAAUUUGGCUGUGAUUUCAACUCAUUGGCUGGUUCGACGAUUUUCAAAAAGAGUUAUUGGGGACAAAAACGUCCAUUACGCAGGUCAGUCGAAAGACACUAAUGGAAUUUUUGUGAGGAGGCAUUGGUUUGGCUAGCGUACAAGCGGGAGUUACUUUCCCCAGUUGUCGUUUUGCCAAAUCGUCUAGGUUUUCCGGAUUGCGCAACUACAGUAACCAGACAAGAAAUCGUGUCUCCCCCAUCACAUCUAAUGUAAUUUCUAGAUGAUUGAUCUCGAACAGAAAGCUCAGAUGCAUCCAGAAGAGCUGUACCUCUGGCCGAAGUCGGUCCCUCUCCUCCACAACAACUCCAUUUACUUCUUAUUGGCAAAGAAAGAGGGGUUUUCUCUGAUCUUCGACAGUUCCCAUCUCGGAUGUCUCAUCUACAAUCCGAAGACCAACAGCUUUGAGCCCCAUAUCAGAGGAAUUGACAAUCAUGAGAUCAAAGCGUAAGACCAGAAAUAAGGGUUUUAUUAUUUAUUUUAGACUGCCAUUGCAUCCAGACAUGAACAUCAAUUUUGGAUGUAUGAUUGCUCAGAAAGGGAAGACGAUGUGGCUAACGUUCGUCAGCCCAGCCUCUCCCCGUCAUUGGAGAUGGAAACUCCAAAUACUGGCGACUGUUAUGUGCCAGUAAGUGAAAUAAGUUUGGAUUGUGGUCACCCUUUCAGUGCAUUUCUUUUCGUAUUCGGCCGCUUUUUUAUUUGGUUCGGCCAAUAUGACGGGGGAUACAUGGCUACCAAGUUUAUGCACUUCUAUUUGUGGCUGAUGGGGCCCACUCUGAUCCCAGAAAUUGGGCCUAGUCCCACUUUUAGACUGGCCGCAUUGGAUUUAGAGAAGUUGAAGUUGAAACUCUUCAAAGUUAAGGUAAGGCUUAUGUAUGUAUUCUGUAUGUCUGUUAUUAGGUGAGAAAGUCGGCUCUGAGUCGAUUUGGCCAAGUUCUGAUAGAUUGCGAUCCACGAGGAGAUCUGGUGAUGACGGAGGUGCCUCCCCGCUGUGACGACGUCAUGAUCCACAAGAUUCCGAAUCCCUUCGAACCGCGCCCUCUCUGCAGAAUCACCAAGUCCAAGGUGGAGAGUGAAUUCCCUCGCUUUUUCCUGGAGAAACGACUUCCUCCGUACCUUCUGGAGUCCAGAUCGUCCACGGUUCUUGUUCCGACUUGGAAUCUCUCUACUCUCCUCAAAUAA